GGCGGAGCUUUCGACAAACUCGACAUGGGGAAGAUGAUUGGUAGGAAAGACUGUGACCAUAUUAACCACAUGGCUGCUCUUAAUACCAAUCUAAACAAACACGGAAGUGCGUCCUUACCGCGACCGGCUUUUCAUAGUGUGAGUAUAUGACGAUACUUUUCAUCGACGUAUAUUUUAGCAAUUAUGAAUCUAACAAGACAUCGCAACUAAAUAGUCGUAGAAAAUGUUUUGGUUUCUGACUCUAGUUUACAGCUAUAUCUUAUUGCAUCCGUCCGCUUAGCAUCGCUAAUAUGAAGGGAGACGCUACCUGGUGUCCUUUUACUGCCGCAAAUGGCUAUGUGGUUAUUCAGAAUAAGAAAGGAACAUCGUAAAGACAUUGACUGCUUCGUCUAGCUACGUAGAUACCCAACUUAAAAUAUAUACAUUUAUAUCCACUGUGCCAAAUCAAUUCGUACAUGAUAGUAGUGUAUGGGCCGCACGACGUGAAUAGCUCUAUGUUUAAUGUACUGGCCUAACCCACGUAAUACGGUCUCUGAUUUCAGAAGGAUGAUGCUGUGGGUUGUGUCAGGCUUGUUGGUGGUGGUUGGUAGCUUCGACGUAUGGUACUUCCUGAGGGGAACGUGGAUAGUGAUAAGAUCUCUGCUUCGGGAACCCAUGCGGGAUGUAGUAGGUGAACAGGUUAUCUACGGCCGAGUGCUUCCACACGACCUGGAUCACAUGGGCCACAUGAACAACUCGCGCUACCUGAGGGAAUGCGACUUUGCUAGGUUCGCCUAUUACACCCACAACAGAAUGUACAAGGCCUUUCGUGCACUUAGGGCAACGGUGGUUGUCGGAGCGUCAACCAUCCGCUACCGGCGGUCACUCGCGUUAUGGGAAGCGUUUGAGGUGCGCAGUCGCAUCGUUGCCUGGGAUGAAAAGUCGUUCUACGUGGAGCAGCGGUUUGUGUCUAAGUCGGACGGCUUCGUCUCCGCGGUGAUGCUUUGCAGGCAAAACGUGAUUCGUAGCACUCCUGAGAAGAUCCUGGAGUUCCUGUGCAAGAAAAAGGUGGAAUGCCCUGACAUACCAGAGGACCUUCAGCACUGGAUCAAGUACAUCUCGGCUAGCAGUCAGGCUUUGAGAGCGGAGAGUGGACUAGAGGAAAAGACCAAGUAAUUACACACAGGAGUCGUGUGUUUAUAGCAGUACAUUUAUCCUUAUCACGUGUAAUGUUAAUUACAUCAAAGGGUAAGAAAAAAAUGUCAUCUUAAGUAAAAAAUGGAAUUGUGGGUCCUGUGUUUAACUUUAACUUAAAUUAAUAUUUAAAUCGUGGAGUCGUCCUUUCAUUCAAGCAUUUAAAACCGGUAUGUGUUGUUUGUAGAGGAUGUAUUAUUAGCUUACAUAGAAAUGUAAUAUGUUAAAGCACUUUGUGAACUUUGCACUCAGCAUGUCUCGGUUCCUUAGAGCCUUCUGUAUAUCUGACCAAAUAAGAGCAAAUUAUCUUACCGAGUACCCCUGAGCAUUUUAUCCUAAACUUGAAAAUAGCUUUAAAAUAGUUGUGCACUGAUUACUGCCCAUAAUAAGUUUAUGGUUGAAAUGUUCUUAUAAUGUGUAGAUUCUAGAAACUAUUAGUAAAGAUUAGUCUAUUUACAGUGUUGACUAUAUUAACGAUUAUUAUGAUGUUUUGUUUGUGGAUUUGAAUUUACCCAAAUUGUUUGUUAUUUAUGUUGUACUGAGGAAGUAUUUGGGUUAUUUAUUUAUUUUUUAAUUAUCACCAUGCACUGAAAUGCUGAAUUCGUAAGAGUGCAUGUUUCACAUAAUGUGCAUUCCUUAAAACAAAAGACUUGAACUAGGCAUGUAUUUUGGAAAUAAACUCAUUUUUUAAUA